GACCCGAAGACCGAGAUGCGCUGGACGCUGGAGCGGUUCGCGAAACACGUCUUCGUCAAGCACCGGCUGCGCCUCGUCGGCUGGCCGCACGGUACCAAGUUCAGCAACCUCAGCGACACUGCGAAGAGCUUGAACGAGCUCACCCGCCUGCACCGGCUGUGGGACCGUGGCGACCUGCGGUUCGAGCGCGUGAGUGUAGAGGAGGCAGAGGCGGCGAGGGCGAACUGCCACCUUGCGGCGCCGACGCCGUUCGUCCUCCCACGGGGAUCACGGGCGGACGAAGGCGAGCGGCGGGACCCAGGCGUGGUGGAGUUUGGGUUGUGGCACCGGCGGAUGUCUUGCAUGGUGACGAAGUCGCAGCGGGAGAUUACGUCGGAGGACGAGGCG